AUGGACGUAAGAUCAGCACUUACUAACGAAGCAACUAGGACAGGGGGUAAGAAGGAUGUGAAGUUUGACAUCGACGAUGCAUGCUAUUUAAAGUCCAACCCUACUUUGGUGGGACAUAUUUGCGCUGAUAACGAUGAACCCCUGGACUUGGGUGAAUGCUUGAUCCUUUCUUAUACCUCCGUUCCUCAGAAGGACUUGGAGGUAUUCCUGGAAAAUGGAGUACCUCCGAAGGGGUAUGUUUUUGUCAGCUUCGCAGAGCCCUCCCAGGGAAGCUCCCUCAUACAUGAGAGCGAUCUUGAGCUGAUCAACCGCACUUUUGACCUUGGCGACACUGUCAAGCGGUACCAAGAUGAUACGAUCAGCGGUACGGUCAUUAGUACCGCUGCAACAUGUAGCCUUGAGCCUAUUGCUUAUCGAGCACUCGACCCCGAGACUGGAGAGUAUGGCUCUCUCAAGUUUAGCGAAAAGGCCAUUAAGCGUGAAGGCAGUCUAGCAACUGAGAAUGAUGCCACAAAUCCUCCGCUUCUGCAUGAGAUUCCGGUAGGAGAACUCAAGAAAUACGAAGAAUUUUCUGAAGGAGAUUAUAUAGUCUACCGGCAGAAGCUAGGAAUCAUCCAUGGCAUUGAUCGUGAUGCCAUACUGCUGCUUCCAAAUCAAAGUGUUGUAUCGCCCCUCGAUCCUAGUGCCCUGGAAAUUCCUUUUUCAUUCGAAACCGAAAGUCUCGUGGCAUUGCCCAGCAACAUGAGUGCUACACGAUCUUACCCCUUGGCCAAUGGUGGCACAAUUUGGUCCACGGAAUCAACUUUCUUGUUCCCUGGCCAAUUUUCCUUUACGGCCAGGAACAAUCUGAGCAGAGGCGACUUGUCCUCUAGUGCAGCCUCGAUCUCACAGCCAGACGGCUAUGUCCUAGCUACGCCGGCCAUGGAUAUUCAAGUUGACUGGCUCUGUCCAAAUGUUUUUGCCGCUGGCACAUCCCAUAAUGGCACAAACAUCGAUGUGAUAAGGGCAUCUACUCUCCUUGGAAACGCAGUGGUAUGCGAUUUUGGGCAGGCUCCCCAGGGGAACCCAAAUACAAAACCUGUUCAUUCAGAUACCUGGCUUAACAUCGGGGAUAGGGUGCGUUUCCGGGAUUCGAUAUCUGCAGCUGCCAGGUAUCCUUCGUAUCAGCAUCUGCCCGCUGACCAAACAUUUGGCUACGAUAUAAACAUCCUCCGUGUUACUUCCAUGAAAACAGAGGCCACUGUUCAGUGGCAAGAUGGGACUACCACCACCGAAGCAGCCACUUCUCUGCACAAAUUCUUUGGCGUUGAGGAUGAAGUCUGGCCUGGAAAUGUAGUUGUCUUGAAAGAUGGUAUUGAGACUAUCCGAGAAUCCUGCAAGAACCAUACGGGGCCCUUCGGGCACCGUAUGAAGGAGACAUUGCAUGCUAGGAGAGUCGGGGUGGUUCAAAAUGUGGAUAGCCGGGAAAGGAUAGCAUUGGUCCGCUGGUAUAAGGAUCCAAAUAUCAAAAUGACACAUCGGGGAAACAUGUUGGUUCCUGGAUCCUUUCUAGGUGAACUUAGCGAUGCCGUCACGGAAGUCUCCAUCUAUGAGCUUUACGCAUAUUCUAGCAUGCAAAGGGCACUAAAUGACCUAGUACUUCUGGCACCAGGGAUGGUUCACCGGACAUCAAUGCCGGCAAUUAACAGUGAGCCGACUAGGGCCGCUGGCCCUUGUCGGCUGAGCUCCCUCUCCCCUAUCACUUUCUCUGCGACAAUUUCAUACCUUGAGUCCAUGAAGUUAUCUAUUGUGAACUCUGAAUGGUUCAAAAGGACUACCGAAAUUGACACAUCGCCUGUACCUUCCAGAUACAGCUUACAUCACGAAGAAUUUAACGUCAAAUUGCGGACGAACUUCAUUGGCAAGAUCAUUUCAAUAGAUACUGAGGGCACCAUCACCGUUCGAACUGUAGGCGCCGAUAAUGUUCAUGAUAUUCACGUGCCAUGGGAGAGAAUCAUGAUGGUAAUUGACGAUGAUAAUGCAAUCCCGCCUGUGUCACUCCCGCCAUUCGAACUGCUUAGCCUCGCGGAUAUCGGUCGUUUCGUACAACCAGACGACCUCCCAUCCACUCAGACAAUUGAAUAUGAGGGCGGCGAGCGUCUUGAUAACGAUAGUGGGGAUGAUGACUGGACGACUGAAGGAGAAUCCGAGCUUGACGAUGAGGACUUUGAGGACGUGGAAAAUAAUAGCGAUGAUACCGAUAGGCUCAUGGCCCCCGCAUUGUCAAUUAUCAAUCCUCCCGAGAAGCUCGACCAUGACGAGAUGGAACAGUCUGGUACUGAUGAGGCCGGGGCUGAAGACUCUCGGGUGGACAAUAGAUUACUUAUGGUCUCAUUGGCCUUGCCGCCGUCAUGUCCUCCCAGUUUCUCUCUGUUAGAAAGCUCACCCCCUUCUGACCACCAUUUCUUUUCUACGGUUCCGAUCGAAGCUCCUGGAUUGCGUAUCAAGCGUAUACAAAAAGAAUUCGAAAUUCUCCAGUCCUCCUUACCAACUGGAAUUUUCGCGCGGACAUGGGAGUCUAGAAUGGACCUAUUGCGGGUUCUGAUAAUCGGACCCCAAGGAACACCAUAUGAGCAUGCGCCGUUUGUGAUUGACUUUCACUUCCCUGAUGAGUAUCCUACUCGUCCUCCAGCAGCCUAUUUCCACUCGUGGACGGACAGGAAUGGGAUGAUCAAUCCGAACCUGGGAGAAAAUGGCAAUAUCUGCUUAAGUCUCCUAGGAACAUGGCCUGGGAAAAAUCCCACGGAAAGUUGGUCUCCCACCAAUUCGACGGUCUUGCAGAUCUUGGUUUCAAUCAUGGGUCUCGUGUUGGUAAAAAUGCCAUUCUACACUUGGCAUUAUUUCGCAGGCCCCCAGCAGGAGCACAACGAUACUUGUAUCCGCCCACGGCUACUGCGCCGGGCUAUUGACGAAGCUCUUAGCAUGAUUGAACAUCACAACCGCACACCAGCAGGUGGAAAGUUGAGUGAGGAGCAUGCGGCAUCGGCCUUUGUGUCUCGUCUCAGUCUGGGAGCAGUUGUGAUGUUACGAAAGCAUAUUACUACACUGGAGAAGAUUGAAUUAGCUGCCAAUUCUUUCGAGAGGCCUUGA